AUUUCUGGGAAGGCAGAAAAGAGUGGCGCGCGCAAGCUACUUUAGCGCAAGGUCGUGUCCCAAGCUACCGGGUUGAAGAGACUCUUUUUGGGGCAAAAUGAUGUCCACAGUCACUCGCCCCGGGGUUAUUUUACCCUAUUAUCGAGCAACAAGAAACACCUUUAAAAGCCUGGUGUUCCCGGGAGCUAUGGAGCUGUUUACCGUUGCUGCCCCUGCAGGAACCCGUCUGGCCCACACAGACAUCAAGAUUCCUGACUUCUCAGACUACCGUCGCCCAGAGGUUUUGGAUCCCAGGAAGUCUUCCCAAGACAGCAGUGAUACAAGAAAGGCAUUCUCCUACAUGUUAACAGGCGCUACCGCUGUGGUUGGUGUCUAUGCAGCCAAAACGGUCGUCACCCAGUUUGUCACCUCCAUGAGUGCAUCAGCUGAUGUUCUGGCCUUAUCCAAAAUUGAGAUCAAGCUGAGUGACAUCCCAGAAGGCAAAAACAUGACCUUCAAGUGGAGAGGAAAGCCCUUAUUUGUCCGUCAUCGUACAGAAAAGGAAAUUUCCACAGAGGAAGCUGUGAACAUCGGAGAGCUGCGUGAUCCCCAGCAUGACAAAGAAAGAGUGAUCAACCCCAAGUGGGUCGUCGUUAUUGGAGUGUGCACCCAUCUGGGCUGUGUGCCUAUCGCUAAUGCUGGAGACUUUGGGGGUUACUACUGUCCGUGCCACGGCUCUCACUAUGAUGCUUCAGGAAGAAUAAGAAGGGGACCUGCUCCUCUUAAUCUGGAGGUUCCCUACUACGAGUUCCUUGAUGACAACACACUCGUAGUGGGAUAAAUACAGAUGCUGUCCCAGUUCCUCUCCCUAAAAUUGCAAUUAGUUGACUCUAUUUAUGAUUUUAGGGAUCUUAUGUCUACUUGUAAUUAAAAAGGUAUUAAGAAAUGCUCUAUUGAGUUAAUGCAGUUCAGCCUUGAGUGAGUCAUCACUUAUUUUGAUUUCUGUACGUGAUUACAACUGCUGCACCGAGAUCAAUAAAGUAUCUCAUCCAUGCCA